CAAACACCCUACCUGAACGCUCCCACAUCGUGAAUCUUCAGACCUUACCAUUCAGCAUUUCAAGAAGGUUUACGCGUUUAGACUCAAAUUUCGGCUUUAUCCUGCGUUCUUUACAUUCUUUCUAUAAAGAAACCAUUCUCAUUCCCUCCUUCUGAUUGAUUGAAGUCUGAUCCUCACUUCUGAAAUGUCUCAGGCUGAUUUCUGGAUACUUUCGAUUCCUUCUAAUGGGGGAUCGAAUAGUGACUUGCAAGAUGACCUUGAAUACGCUCUGGUUUCAGGAUCCACAAAAUUGAUCCAGAUAGUUAGUCCCUUCAAUGUUCCUCUCUUCAAAGUAGAAAGUUUAGAUGUUUUAAUCAAUCAAAAUGAGCAACUCGCUAAACAAGAUACUCAAUGCUCGGCGGCACUUUCAAAAACAACAGAAGUCAUUAAAUCCUUGGUAUCUACUUCUUCAGAAGAAUUGAAAGACUAUUUUUUGGUAGAUGGAAGAACCCCUCUAGAGUAUAUCACUUCCUUUCAAUGGAAUGCUUCUCGAUUUCGUUUAAGCAAAAGUAUUACGGAUUUAUCACAAAGCCUUACUAGUGAAGCGCUUGCUCUUGAAAAUGACAUUCGUUCUAGACAAACCAACUUUCAACAGGCUAGCAGUGCUUAUCAAUCCAUCCAAAAGAAAAAGAGUGGAAAUUUGUCGCAAAGAUCUUUGGCCAGUAUAGUCCGCAAAGAGGACGUUAUCGUUGAUUCUGAUUAUAUGACAAAUAUUUUCAUUGCUGUACCAUUGAACGCUGAAAAGAAAUUCUUAAGCUCGUAUGAAACUCUUACGAACUUGGUAAUUCCACGAUCUGCUCAAAAACUUGAUCAAGACGAAGAAUUUGCUUUGUAUACAGUCAUUGUCUUCAAAAGGUCUGCGGAAGAAUUUACGUCAAAACUCCGAGAGCAAAGAUACACGGUUCGCGAUUUUACCUUUGAAUCCGGACUUCGUGAAACCGAACAAACUGAGUUUGACAAUGCUGCUGAAAAAGAAAAGCACAUUCGUUCUUCUCUUCUGCGGUACGCCAAAAUUGCGUUUUCAGAAAUUUUCCAACAUUGGGUUCAUCUCAAAUGCCUCUUGGUAUACGUAGAAAGUGUAUUACGAUAUGGUUUACCCCCAGACUUUUCUUCCGUCGUUUUUCAACCCAUUGAGAAAGCAGACAAGAAGAUCAAGGCAUUAUUGAAUCAGAAAUACUCCUAUUUAGAGCAGAACACGUCUAGAAACUCUAAAGCCUCCGAUGAUAUGAAUGCAAGCUUGGACGAAAGUAUGGCUGGACUUAAUUUGCAUGAAGAAUACUUACCUUAUGUACUCUUUACUGUUCCUACAAAGUCUUUUAAUUAUUAGUAUAAUUCUUUUCUAAUUUAUUUUACUCAAAUGAGAAUCCUAAAGGUUGUAUAGUCCAAUAUUUCGUAAUGAAUAGUCUAAAUUCGACUGACUCUGGAGAGUUUCCAAAAC